CUUGCUGUGAAAGAGGCCACUUUGCAGAACCAAGGACUCAGCCGAUCAGGAUGUGGCUCUAGUGGAAAGAGCUGGGCACCGAGGCCUGAGCACCCAGAAAUGCAGAAGUCAAUGUUGGCCUUAUCACUUCCCUGAGAAGGACAACACGUGGGCAGUCUCCCGGCCUGAUAAGUCAGACAGCGAGUUCAUUUGCUCGUUUGCCUGGCCUCACUGCUCAACACACUUUUCACCGUGUGGAUCCAAGUGCUGGGGGGACCCCACAACCCACUGUGCGGGUGGACGAGCCAGCCUUUCCUACCCGAGUAAGAGGAAGUGACUUCAGUGUCGGCCAGCACCUGCCAGGGGCCUGCGCUGGGGACCACAGGGCUGCAGAAUGUUUUGUAUGUGGACAGCCCCAUGGCAAAUCCAAGACUAAGCUCGGUGUCUUCCUCAUGCAGGGCGAACCUAAUCCACACCUGUGUGAAAGGCCCAGAUAUGGAGAAAUAAAGGACCGUGCUUUGGCUGUGACAAAACCACGCAAGAGCCCAGGCCCUGCAGGAGGCCCUGUCCCAGAAUCUGGUUUUUCAGGUGGCGUCAAGAUGAAUGAUGACCUCGAUAUGGAAGAGGAUGGUGUUGAACACGUGGGUUCUGACAGCCUGUCACAGUCCAGGUUUGCUGUUUGUGCUGGGGAAUAUCUCACACUGCCAACAACUGGAUACUCUUCAUCCACGGAGAACACUGUAACAACUAGUGAUUCUGGAUCAGAAACUUUGCAUAUGGCCUCUGGUGACCUUGACUGCAAAUCGCCCUGUGAGAAAAAGGACGGCAGCUUGGCUUCCACCAUGAUCGGCGCCAGUAAGUGUCAUGAGAAUACUCCAUGCCAAGACCCCAUGAGGGAAGAUAAAACCAAACCACAUCUGGAAGCCAAGGAUGAACCCAGAACAAUGGAAGACCAUAGGAAAGGAGGUGCCACAGGAGGUACAGAAGCCAAGGCUCCCCCUCUUCCCACGGCCACAUUGAAAUCAGUUAACUUUCAGCAAAGUGACAGCACCUCUGCCAAUGAGAAGGAGGUGGAGGCAGAAUUCCUCAGGCUGUCUUUGGGAUUCAAGUGUGACUGGUUCACCUUGGAGAAAAGAGUGAAGCUUGAAGAGCGGUCCCGUGACUUGGCAGAAGAAAAUUUGAAGAAAGAAAUCACCAACUGCUUAAAGCUCUUAGAGUCGUUGACACCUCUGUGUGAAGAUGACAACCAGGCUCAGGAGAUCAUUAAGAAGCUGGAGAAGAGCAUCAGUUUUCUCAGCCAGUGCACAGCACGAGUGGCCAGUAGGGCUGAGAUGUUGGGAGCCAUUAAUCAGGAGAGCCGGGUCAGUAAAGCAGUGGAAGUGAUGACUCAGCAUGUGGAAAACCUGAAGAGGAUGUAUGCCAAAGAGCACGCCGAGCUGGAAGAGCUGAAGCAGGUUCUCUUGCAAAACGAGAGGUCUUUCAACCCUCUCGAAGACGAAGAUAACUGCCAGAUUAAAAAACGUUCGGCUUCUCUGAACUCUAAGCCAUCUUCUCUUCGAAGAGUGACCAUUGCUUCUUUACCCAGAAAUCUUGGAAGUGCAGCGAUGGUGACUGGGCUGGAUGAUAACGCCAGGUUAAACAGGAGAUCGAGCAGUUGGCGUGUACUGGGGUCAAGGCACAAUGAGCAUCGUCCAUCAUUACACCGAUUCAUCAGCACCUAUUCCUGGACAGAUGCUGAAGAUGAGAAAGGAGAGCUGAAAACUAAAGGCGAUGCAGAACCUCCUGGAGAAGAAAUCAUAGAAAGGACAAGGAAGCCGAGUCUUUCUGAAAAGAGAAACAAUCUGUCACCACAGGACGCCUCUUCACUGUAAGCUGUCUACUUGGCAAAUGACACCAUCUUAGCAGAAAGGGUAGCACAGAGGUAGCAGUACUGAUCAAAUUACUCCAAGGACAUGUUAAGAUGAUCAUGAAUGAACUCUGCGCAGCCCCUUACAGUGUGAGCUGGGACCUGCCUCCCGAGAGGAAGGGAAGUGUACAGGUUAGGGCCUUGCCCAGAACCCAGACAGCCUUGGCCACCCCCAGCUCUGCGCGUGCCCGGGGCCUAAACCUCUGUCCAGAAGAGAGAGAUGACAGUAGUAUUGUGUCCUUGCACUGUCACCAUGACUAAAUGCUUAGGAUAGCACCUAGGGAAGCUGAAAUACUUUCUGGUUUCUGGUACAGGGAGCAGUAGUGAGGUUUGAACUCAGGGCCUCACACUUGCUAGGCAGAUGCUCUACCACUUGAGCCAUGUACCCAGCCCUUUUUGCUUUAGGCUAUUUUUCAGACAGGGUCUUGCUUUUGCCUAGGGCUGGCCUCAGUCCAUGAUCCUUCUAUCCAUGCCUCCCUCGUAGCUGGGAUUGCAGGCUGAGCCACCAGGCCUGCCCUCACAUGGGUGUUUCUAAAGGAAAUAGUUUAAAUUUGAGCACAGCAGAGGUACAGGGGCAAGUUAUAUGUACACGAACCCACAUAGGCGUAUACACACAUACCCUGCUCUACCAAGCAAUCCUACCACAGUGUUCCACUGUAGGCUUCACUGAAUGGCAUAAAUUCUAUGUGGACUUGUUAGGAGUUAAUGUCUAAAUCACACCAUUUUCAGGGUCUCUGCAGAGCACAUCAUUUCUGUGGAAGGGACAGGAGGCAGAUCUGCCUCUAGCUCAUCAGGCAGAGGUAGGGGAAUGCAGGCACAUCAGUGACAGGAUUGGUGCUGUCACAGGGAAUGUUUCUAGUAGCAAACACAGUGAUUGCCAAAUUCUGUUUGUGUCCUUACAGUUCUGCCAUGGUGGCCUCCUGGGCAGCAGGUGUCCAGACUUCUGUUACAAAUGCCAACAAGGCGCUCUGGUUUCCGGUGGCCUUCCUGGUGCUGUUAGCAGCCCUGGGCAGCUUCCU